CAGCAGAGGAGAGCUGCGACCGCAUUCCACCGCUCUGACGACUGACCUCACACACAGAGUGCUCCAUGCGCCCACGUCACACACUCAUCAUACCACUCUAGCCGUAGCUCAGACCAGUAGAAGGGGAUGCUGGCGGCUGGCAGCCACUAACACCAGCCUUCAAUAUACAGUUGGUCCAGACAUACUGCAGUGUCAUCUCAAGGGAGUCCAACAUUUUUCCACUGUUCUCAGAAGGAAGACUAGCCAAAGGCGAGCAGGGCUUUACCUGAUCCUUGACUCAUUCACAGAGCAGGAAACUUGAGCCUACGCACAAAAAAAGGGAGCCAUCAUAAGCCACCACUGAAACAAGAACCUCUGGACAGAGCGUCUGUGACGCUGACGGUUGCUUGCGGUGCUUGAAGAAGAGCGUCAGGAUGCUGGCUAAAAUCCUGGAGGAGAUGUGGGUAGAGCCUGAGGUGUUGGAGGCCCUGAGCGAAGAGCAGAAGAGGAUUCUCUUUCUCAAGAUGAGAGAGGAACAGGUACGCCGUUGGAAGGAGAGGGAGGACAAAGUGGAAGAAAGUAGCAACAGCAGCAGCAGACCAAAGAAAGCCACCAGCAAGCACGUGAGUUGGCUCCUCGGUCGUGAUGGGGAUGUGUGCGUUCGUGUGAUUGGAGAAGUGGAUGAGUUCAGGUCUUCCAAACUUCUCCAGAACCUUCUGAGUAACAGGCUCCAUCAUGAUAAUAUGAACGGCAUCCAGACAGCAGACAUGCUGGCAGGAAAAAUGUCCCGGCAGCCUGGAUUUAAAGAAGAAAGCCAGCUCAGUCUCACUGAUGACACCGCUAAUGACCCGGACUCGCCAAACAUCCAAUCAUCGUCUGAGGACGAAAUGGAUUCUAACAGCACAGAUGACGACCUGGAGAACCCCAGUGAAGGCAGUGACAGUGAGUCAGGCGGCAGUUUGGACAACCUCAGCCACUGGGCUCCUCCAAACAGGCCCCAUCUUAGUAGCCAUGGCAACAAACCAGCCCAGCUGUUAGACGCAGAGAGGGUCAGCCCACAGGCCAGAGAUGGCGUGAGCAUUCAAGACAGUAAGUCCGAAUAUGGAGGCAGAGUGGCCCAGCUCAGGAAAGCCUUUGGUUCUGAUCCUUCUCACAACUUCAGCAAGCCUCCUUUACCUGCCAAACCUGCUCAUCUACUGACCAGAGGCACGUCGUUGAUCCAUUAACAUGCCGGCUUUGAGACAAUGCUGUGACCCCAAAGAGACUGAUGGACUGAAUCGUGUUACGAGUACUGUGAGGGAGUCGCACAAGACAUUUGUGGUCCAGGCUCAAGGCCAUCUGAAGGCGAAACAGGACCCUGACUCGAUUUUUCUUCGAAUUUUCAUUUCUAGUUCACUGAGAUGAUCAAUGUAAUUGUACUUUGUCACUUUAUUGACACUUUAUGUUUUGCAUUGCUUCCAGAAAAUGUAUGUUACGUGACACAAAAAGAAAAAACGAGAGAACAUUUUCGCAUUACUUCAUAAUAUACGGUGCACAAACUGGACAAAACAUUAGGUGCACCAUAUUCAAGGGAUGUCCCCAACAUUUUGGCAACAUUAUUUAGCUAAACACCCAGUUUAGGAAUGCAUCAGUAUACACCUGACCACAUUACACAUGAACACUUGUCUGAUUGGGUUUAUCGUGAGCAUUGUAAAUUUCACUGAGACAGUAUUGCUGUAUGGAAAUCUAAUGAGGACAAAAAUGUACAUGAAACAUCCAGUGCACAAGUUGGAUAUUUCAUAAAUACUCAACCAACAUGCCAUCACCGUACAAGUGUGUUGAAACUUCACAACGGUUUCAUUUGUUGUCAAGUAUACUGGUGAACAUAGCCAGUGGUCUAAUAAUGUCAAAUAUUUACAGACCAAACUUUACUGUGUCCCUUUAGGGGGGAAUCCAGAAAACGCAAAAUCCACAUCAAAACAAAAGUUGCAUUGCCAUUGAGUUACGUGGAAAAAGACAUAUCGUGUUGUAUUCAGUGUUGCAUUCUCAUGUGUUGGAAAUUGUAUCCACUAGUCCCAUGUUUUCACCAAAUUAGUUUAUAUUGUGGUGAAAACAAUUUUUUACUUUAUUUUAUAAUUUCCUGAAGUUAUGUGUGUCCAGAAGGCACUCCGUGUGUGUGUGGGGGGGGGGCAUUCUGAUAGGGUUAGACAAGGAGGUUGUUGAUAGUGGCCGGCUCGCACAAUGAUUAUCUAUUCAGCAAGAAAACAGCCCACCAGAGAUCAAAGAGAGCGCACAUAAAGCUGAUUAGCAUGUGGUUAAGACGCAGAGACAGAGGGCGAGACGCUCGGGGAGACGGAGCAAAUGCGAGUUGGGUCACGGGGAAGCAACACGUCACGGCCGACUCAUUAAAGCUCCUCACAGCAUUCCCUCACCACCUCCACACCCUCAGCCUCAGGAUUUGCCGUCCUAGUGUGUGUGUGUGCGUGCGUGCGUGCCUGUGCGCCCGCCCCAUAUCUCGGAUCAUGUGACUAGACACACGCACGCAGUGUGAAAAGGCCCACUAUAUUUAGCAGGGCAGUGUAGGGUUUCCCAGCCAGCCAGCCAGGCAUUGUGGAGAGGGCGGUCAACUUUGCCACACAAGAAAGUGCACAUCAUAUCAAGUGUGAGAGGCAAGAGUGUGCAGGUGCUUCUUUUAUGCCUCUCUGGCCCAGAAGGAGAAAUCGGGACACUUCUUGUGUUGUGACAAAGCACCUGUCAAAGAUCACAUGCUGUACACCUGAGACCGUUUACUUCCACAUUGAAGUCAUUGUGGAGAAACGGGAGAUCCAACUGGGGAGUUGCAGCUCACUUGGACAUAGAGAGCCCCUUAUUUCUCACAGAUGUUUAAUAUGCACUAAUCUGCCAAUGCAGGUAAUACUAAAAUAGUAAAUUCAUGCAUAUAGUGGAACAUCCUACAGUGGACAUUUUUGUUGUAUAGAGCACCUUGACUCAGGAGUUCUUUGAGUUAUGCCACCAUGCGAGUAAAGUGGGGGAAAAGGAGAGCAACAGUUGCUGAUGCACUUUCAGCCGUUUAAUGAGGGGUGCAAGCAGUCAAACACAAAAUGUGUGCAUGCCCUGGGAGAGCUACAGUAGGACAGAACUUGUUAUAGCCAAACUCAACCCAAGAUAUCAAAACUUCCCGUUGUAACGCGGAUACCGUCUUUAUUGGAUACCGCUUGUGUUUCUACGAUGUAUAUAUUUAUUCGAAAAAUACUACGCUUACUCCUCUACGGUGGCCGCCAUAAUAACAUUGUGUGACGUCAAUCAGGCCUUUCUUUCCACAUAAUUUACGACAAAACCAGACAGAGUUAGCAUUCAGCAUUGAUAAGCUAUAGACCUGUCUGAUUCGGCUUAUCUAGCAAGCUAAUGGCAGACAUGCUGACUCACAACAGCCGGUCCCGUCAGUCGGCGGCAGUUGCAGCUAGCUGCUAGCUGCCUUGGCCAACUGUCUGCAGUGUAAUAGGUGAAACUUAAUCUUCACACACAAACAUGCAGUUGCUACCCAUCCAUCUUGAAUAAAUCACACUUCAAUAUUAAUACAUAAAUAAUAAAUAAAACAUGUGGGGCUUUUUU